AUGUCGGAGAAGGGUGAGGGCGUCGUGCUGGAGGCCACCACGACGCUUCUCGCGCAGCACUUCACGAAACUCCUGCAGCACUACCACAAUCAUAUUCUCUUCCUCGAGGAUGCCUUCUUUGGUGCCGCGCAGCAGAAGCAGGAGGUCUUCGACACGUUGUAUGCCUUUGAGCUCACAGCUGGCGCGUCGCGCCCCCUCAUACAGGCCCCGAUUGAAGGAUCGGAGCAGCGGCUUCAGCAGCUUCUACGCAUGUUUCAGACAGCAUGCGAAAACGAGGUCACUGUCUUCUGUGAGGAGGGCGAGGCGCUGAAGCAGCAGAUGGCGCGCGCCAUUGUGACGUCAGAAGAGAAGUGGAAGUUGGCGGAACGCCGCCGCCAGUACGACUUCAUGGAGCUCUGCGUCUCGUGUCAAAAGGACGUCGCCGCUAUCACCGCAGAGCUGCGGUCGGGCGUGUUGAGUUACUUCCAAGACCGUCGCAUGGGCGCAGUGCUGCAGGAGGCGUUGGAUGCGAAGGAGGUCAAGCUGCAGGAGCUGCAGCACCAACUGGAGGAGGUGACAGAGCUGCGCCUGCGCGAGUUCACAGAGCAGCAAAAUGUCGUACAGGAGGAACGGGAGAAGUACCGGCAGCGGUUCGUGGCGCUGCAGAAGGAGACCGCCGGUGCGAUUGAGGAGUUCACGCUGGACGCGGAGAGGCAACACCAGCAGCACCUGCGCGAGGUGCAGGAGAUGCAGCGUCAGUGCGCGGCGCGUGAGGAGGUGUUGGAAAAGCAACUGCACGCCGAGCGCGAGGGGCGCGUGGCGGAGUGCAAAUUGCGCGAGGAGAAGCUUGAACAAUGCCGUGAGGCCGUCAAGAAGCUGGAAGGAGACAAGACGCGCCUGACACAGGAGACGGUGGAACUGCAGACGCAAGUGGGGGAGUGGCGCUGCCGCUACAGCGAGCGGGACUCGCGAGCGAGGGUGGAGCUGCUCGAGCACCAGGCAUUAGCCGACGUGGCGCGGGUGGAGGAGGCGCAGGCAUUCCGCAAGCGGCUUGUCAGCGCCGUGCGCCGCGGCACCUCGUCCGCGCCACUUGAGACACUAGCGGUAUUGCCAGUAGUAGCGAAAGCAGGCGGUAAUGGUAGAGGGAGCAGCAGAAGUAGCGGCGUAUUUGUCCCCACGGCGUCACCCGUUGCGCAGGCGAACUGCAGCGAGGUGUCGCGGAUGAAUGGUGGCAGCCAUUCGCUCUUCGUAACACCGAUGGGGAGCAUGCAGGCACGCAAUGCAGCAGCAGACUGUUCUAUCCGUCUGUCGUGUGGCGACGAGAAGCGCCGGCCGUCCGCCUCCCCUCUAGCGUCGGAAGAUGCCGCCAACCCUUUUUCGAACUUGGCCCUUCACAGCCCGACUGCAAGUUAUGUCAAACUCAUGAAUCUUUCCGAGCAACUAAAGCGGCAUAUUCAGUUCAACUGA